CCUUCCUUCACCUGCAUAUAGCCGACGCUGUACAGGCAUCAAGGGCUCGCAGCAGAGGGACAUCAACAAGGCUACGAUGAUCUGGUCCACGGUCAUCCUCGGCCUCCUUGGCCUAUACUUCGCUGACCGUCUGCAGGAUCUCUUCAAGCAGGUCCGCGUCGCGCAGCGCUCGGGACUUCCGUAUGUGGUGUCUGUCUUCUCCCCGGGCAUCAUCUCCAUGGCCUUUCUCGAUACGCCUUGGUUCUCCUAUCUGGUCGAAAACUGGUUUCCCGCCCGACUGGCAGAUACGGUGUACGACACCCUGAUCAAUUUCCGCUGGAGGGCCAAAGAUCGACAGGCAAGAAGAUAUGGCGAUGUGUAUUUGCUUGUCUUCCCGGGAGGCAUCUUCUGCAGCGUCUCCGAUGCGGCGUUGGUUACCCAGAUCGUCAACUCUCGGCAAAGCUUUACGAAGCCAAUCCAUCAGUAUACGGUGCUGGACAUGUACGGACCGAACGUCGUCACGUGUGAGGAUGCAGAAUGGGCGCAUCACCGUCGAUAUACGGCAACGACGUUCAACGAAAGAAACAAUGCUCUGGUGUGGGAGCAAGCUAUAAAGCAGAGCCAACAGCUGAUCGAGUACUGGCACGAGUCACAACCGAACGAGACCAGGGACAGCUUCGUGGCGACCGACACGAGACAGGACACCCUGAAAUUCAGUCUCAACGUCCUGACCGGUGCCGGCUUCGGUGUAGAUCUGCCGUUCAAGCCUCUGCCCCAGAAUAUGCUCAAGAGCCCGGAUGACAUCUUCAAGGACAGCACUCCGCCCCCGGCUGGGUUCGACUUCACCUUCCGGUCCGUGAUGUCCUAUAUGAAUGAGAAGAUCACCACAGUGGCGAUUGCCAACAACUUGCUACCCAAGUGGAUUCCGAGAGCGCUCGUCCCGUUCUUCAAGCAAGACUUCGCGGCGCAUCGGAACCUAGAAAUGUAUCUGCAGAGGUUGGUCGACAAAACAGAGCGGGAAUUGGAAGAAACAGACAAAGCACACCAUCUGGUGCAAGGAAUGCUUAAGCCUCGGAAGACACAGGACCAAGAGACCUUGACUGACCGCGAGGUCAUCAGCAACCUGCACAUUAUCACCAUUGCUGGGCACGAGACCACGGCAACCACUCUGCGAUUCGUGUUCUUGCUUUUGGCUCUGCACCCGGACGUUCAAGAAUGGAUGUAUGAAGGUCUGGCGGCGGCAAUCAAGGGGGAGUCCACUGACGCUGGGAUCUGGGACUAUGGUACUGUGUUCCCUAAGCUGGUUACUCCUUUAUGUGUCAUGCUUGAGACCAUGCGUCUCUACCCGCCCGUCAUAACUGUCCCGAAGUGGACUGGCGACGCAGCAAGGACGAUCCAUUAUCACGAGAAGGACCACGUUUUGGAGCCUGGCGUGAACAUCAAUCUGAACGUAAGCAGUCUGCACUACUCGGAGAAGUACUGGGGAAGCGACGUCGGACUUUUCCGCCCACAGCGCUGGGACGUGCGGAAUGGGGAUAGCUUUCUAGCCAAGAACGCGGGCCUACCCGGUGUUUCUGCACCAGGGUUGGAGUAUCCUACCAUUCAUAAACCGGUCCGGGGCGCUUACAUCCCGUUCAGCGAUGGCAUGCGCGCGUGCCUGGGGAAGAAAUUUGCGCAGGUCGAGUUUGUGGUUGCAUUGGCCGUAAUCUUCAAAGACUAUCGAGUUGAGCUGGCGGACGAUAGCAAGGAAGGAGUUGAGGAGGCUGAGAGGUCAUUACGAGAAUGCACUUCGAUCCUGACGUUGGCUUUGAGAAGAAACAUACCGCUGCGCUUCCGUAAGCGUUAGUGAGGCUGCAGGGAUACUGUAAUGACUAGUCCUUCUGUUUCAGAACCAUCUCAUUCAGAGAACGGAGCCUGACAAAGACACGGCCGCAGGCAAUGGACUUCUCUCUUGCCCGCAACAUCAAGGAUAAUCAUUUGUAUGCAGUGGCUCCUUUCUCCCCUUUCCGGUUCUUUGUAUUCCCUCCAAAAUGGCAUUUGGGAGCAUGUGUUCUUUCACUAAGCAAGCUAUCACCAAAGAAAAGAAACAU